AUGGAGGACAAGACGCAAAAGAUCUUGAGUUAUCGUCGUCGUAUCUUUUUGGGUGAUGGUAUUGCCGCACCGGCUUCGGCUCGCGGAGUCGUUUGUGACCUAGAUGUGGGUGAUGCGAUGCCGAUAGCACUGCGUGCUCGACAGAUCGCCUCCAGAUAUCUGGUCAAGGUUUACGAACUACUGAAGAAGAUCCUAGAGACUGGGCUUUUUGAACACUCUGGAUCAGAGUGGUCAUCCCCGAUCGUGAUCGUUUUGAAGAAGAAUGGAGAAGAUAUCAGAAUGUGUUUGAUCAAGCUAUCACGAUACCCCCUACCUCUGAUUGACGACUUGCUGACAGGUUUUAAUGCUGCGACAUGGUUCAUGAGCCUAGAUAUGGCGAGCGGUUUCUGGGCGAUUCAGAAGACAGGGUGGGCGAAUCUGAUUUCGGCCUUUGUCUGCCCAUUCGGACAUUUCCAGUGGAUUCGGAUGCUUUUUGGACUCAAGAACGCGCCGUUAGUGUAUCAGAUUGUGAUCAAUAACUGUCUCUGGGAAUUCGUACACCUCCCACCUGAGGAAGAGGCUAAGGUUGAUCGAGAUGUCCUGGAAUUUCUGAAGUUGACCGCCCCCGACAUAGGAUCGACGACCGAGAAUCCUCAGCAUGAAGGUAGUUUCAGACUUCCGGAACUGAUGAAGGAGGCGACUGCAUUCAGGCAAAACAUUCCGGCACAGAUGGGACCGGUCCUGGGACGAAACCUGAAUGCUUUGCUAUUCCGACUCCGAUAUUGGAAUAUCUCGGUUAGUCUACCGAAAAGCGAGUUCGGUAAACAAGCUAUACCGUAUCUAUCCCACGAAGUCUGUGCCGAAGGUAUCACAGCUACCCCGAAGAUCGCCAAGAGUGUUCAAGAGCUACCUUUACCAUCGACUCUGAAUAGCGUUCAAUCGUUCUUAGAAAGCCUGAAUUACUAUAACAAGUAUAUCGAAGAUUUACCUGUGCUUGCGGCCGUGCUGUAUGAGCUGGAUGAGGACCGCGUUCGCGCCGGACAUGAUUUGGAUAGGGCCAAGAAAGCGUUCGAGAUUCUGAAGCGUAAGAUUACGUCGACUCCGCUGCUUCGCCAUCCAGAUUGUACCAAGCCCGAUGUCCUGGGGCAGGAACAUGAGGGGAUCAUCCAACCAGUGCGCUUUACGGGGCGGGUUUUGAACGAGUCCGAACACAGAUACCACAUUGUAGAGAAGGAGGUGUUGGGAAUUCUGCGAGUCCUAGAGCAGUUCCGUCCACUCAUCCACGGUUCAGAGAUACCAAUUGUGAUCUAUACUCGGUACUCGGUCCUGAAGUGGCUACUGAAGUCAAAUUCCGCCGACAGCUGUCACCUAAAGUGGGGUCUAGAAUUGACGAAGUGGACUCUGGAACUACGCCGUGUGCAGCGUGAUGAGGAUGGAUUAGCUGCCAUCCUCGGCGCGGGUAUUACCCCCAGGGAACAUUUAGACGAAGUCGCUGAAAAUCUGAUCCCGGCUAAGGGGCGAAAUCAAAGCACCUCCGCCAGAGAUGUUGGAUUCAGACUUCGCAGGAUAUCCAAGGUCUCCAUCAGACACGGAAGUAGUGGAUGUAUUCUGUGGCGUCUACCCGGUUGGCACGUCCUAAGCGCCCACGGAUUCCCUCUGGAUGAUGUGACUGUGAACGAUGCCGAGUAUCACGGGUUGAUGAAAGGCUUGGAGCUAGCCGACGACCGUGGUUUCAGAGGUGUGGUUGUGGUCGGCGAUUACAGAAUCGUCAUCCAACAAGCGCAAGGAUUAAUAGGUUGCCACCAGCCUAAUCUGCAACAUGGCAUAGCCUCGCUGAGUAUGAAGCCUUGA